UAAGAACUCCCCGAUCUCAAACUCCAAUAUCAAAGAAAACAUCUCCCCGUUGCCAUUUUCUCUGCAAUCUCAUCUUUGUCCGUCUCUCCCGACCCCUUUCUCAUUUAUAGCUUCAAAGCCACAAAAGCGCUCUCUUCCAUCCUCUAUCCCAUCUCCACUCUCCAUUGCCUCUGAUUUCGCCACAAAGUCAAACUCUUAACUCCAUCUAAUCAACGAAAUGAAGCAUAAACCCAGAUUACAGGCCCCGAUCAGUGUAAACUGAGACACUUAUCAUAAGCUGCAACCACACAGGAUCCCUCCCCCUUCUCUUAGCUCCUUUCUUCGAUCCCUAUAGGCUGUUGCCGUUGAAGAACAUACGGAGAAGUUUUUCGGCUUUAUUUUUACUUUUUUUGGCGUGGUAAGUAAGAAAAUUGAAAAUUGAGAAGAACGGGAAAUCCUAUAGUGUCAUGAUCAGAUUAUGUUAUUGGGUGUAUGAUUAAGAGGCGGCAUGAUCAACACAGCUAACGGUAUGAUUUCUACACCAUCUUCAUCGGCGAACGCUCAAUCGUCGGGUUUGAAGACUUAUUUUAAAACCCCAGAAGGUCGAUAUAAACUUCAAUACGAAAAGACUCACCCUUCUAGCCUUCUUCACUACGCUCAUGGAAAGACUGUUACUCAGGUUACCCUUGCACAUCUGAAGGACAAGCCAGCUCCAUCAUCCAGCUUUAGUGCCAGCACCGGGGUAAAAUCAGCAGCAGCAAGGUGGCUAGGCUCUGGGAAUGGCAGCCGUGCACUUAGCUUUGUUGGAGGGAAUGGUGGGGGUAAAACUAUUAGUAGUCAUAGUAGGAUUGGGUCAUUGGGUGCUUCAAGUUCAAGCAAUUCAUUGACUAAUACAAAUUUUGAUGGGAAAGGAACUUAUUUAAUCUCAAAUGUCGGUGAUGCUAUUUUUAUAAGUGAUUUGAAUUCUCAGGAUAAGGAUCCAAUAAAGUCUAUCCAUUUCAGCAAUUCAAAUCCUGUUUGCCAUGCUUUUGAUCAGGAUGCCAAAGAGGGGCAUGAUUUGCUCAUUGGGUUGAACUCCGGUGAUGUUUACUCAGUAUCACUGAGACAGCAGUUACAGAAUAUUGGAAAGAAGCUUGUUGGGGCACAACAUUACAAUAAAGAUGGUUCUGUGAAUAACAGUUGCUGUACUAGUAUCACAUGGGUUCCUGGGGGUGAUGGUGCUUUUGUUGUUGCUCAUGCUGAUGGAAAUAUGUAUGUGUAUGAAAAGAACAAGGAUGCUGCCGGUGAUUCUUCAUUCUCUGUUGUAAAAGACCAAACUCAAUUUUCUGUAUCACAUGCACGUUACAGUAAGAGUAAUCCAAUUGCAAGAUGGCAUGUUUGUCAAGGGAAGAUUAAUAGCAUUGCUUUCUCCUUUGAUGGGGCCUACUUGGCCACUGUUGGAAGAGAUGGCUAUCUUCGAGUGUUUGAUUAUUCAAAAGAACAGCUCGUUUGUGGUGGAAAAAGCUAUUAUGGUUCUGUACUAUGUUGUGCUUGGAGCAUGGAUGGGAAAUAUAUUCUGACCGGAGGUGAAGAUGACCUGGUUCAAGUUUGGAGUAUGGAAGAUCGGAAGGUUGUCUCAUGGGGUGAGGGGCACAACUCAUGGGUCAGUGGAGCAGCGUUUGAUUCAUAUUGGUCAUCGCCUAAUACAGAUGGCACAGGAGAGACUGUGAUGUACCGUUUUGGUUCUGUUGGUCAGGACACACAGUUGUUACUGUGGGACCUGGAAAUGGAUGAAAUUGUGGUGCCAUUGCGUCGGUGUGCAGGAGGGUCUCCUACUUACAGCACUGGGAGCCAUUCUUCCCACUGGGAUAAUGUGUUCCCAUUAGGUACCUUGCAACCUGCCUCAAGCAUUCAAGAUGUCUCAAAAAUUCCGCCACUUGUUGCUCAUCGCGUUCACAACGAACCCCUCUCGAGCCUGAUUUUUACCCAGGACUCGGUACUUACAGUUUGUCAAGAGGGGCACAUAAAGAUCUGGAUGAGACCUGGUGUUGCAGAAAGCCAAUCAAGCAACACCGAAACAUUGUUAAGUACCUCCACCAAGGAUAAGCCAUUACAUUCCUGCAAGAUUGGCAGUCCUACCUACAAGCAAUGAUCAGACCAUCACAAAGAUUCAAGGCGAAAUGAAAGGUCGUUUUUUUUUCUUUUUUUGCCGAAGUGGCAUUUCUUUUCGCUAGUGUGGCCGUUCAUCUCUCUUUAACCUGUUGGUUUUUGCAAGUACAACUGUGUAAACCGAAUUGAAUUGCAAUGAGGCGAACCACCUGAAUCCAUUGUAUAUUCAAGGACAAAAAUUGUCAUUGACGGCACAAAGAGGUGUGGAGGACAAAAGAACCUCCAUUAUAAAA